AUGGCGUCUGCGUCUGCUGACAAGGCCAUCCGGCCUCGUGUCUUCUUCGACAUCUCCAUUGGUGGCAAGCCCGCCGGCCGCGUCGCCAUGGAACUUUACUCGGACCUCGUGCCCAAGACCGCUGAAAACUUCCGCGCCCUCUGCACCGGCGAAAAGGGCACAGGCAAGUCGGGCAAACCCCUUCACUACAAGGGCUCCGUCUUCCACCGUGUCAUUAAGCAAUUUAUGAUCCAGGGAGGUGAUUUCACCGAAGGCAACGGUACCGGUGGCGAAUCCAUCUACGGCGCCAAAUUCGACGAUGAGGCUUUCCCCGAGAAGCAUGAUCGUCCCUUUCUCCUGUCCAUGGCCAACUCUGGUCCCAACACAAACGGCUCCCAGUUCUUCAUCACAACUGUCCCCACACCCCACCUCGACAACAAGCACGUCGUUUUCGGCGAGGUUCUGAGCGGCAAGUCUCUCAUCCGCCAGAUUGAGAACCUGCGCACCUCUGCCGGUGACAAGCCCGAAAAGGAGACCAUCAUUGCAGAUUGCGGCGAGCUCACCGGCGAUGCGGCCCUGAACGCCGAUGUCAAGAAGCCCGACGCCACCGGCGACCCAUACGAGGACUUCCCCGACGACUUCCCUGCCGAGCAGCAGCCGCUGCCCGCCGCCAAGAUUCUCGAGGUCGCGACCGCGUGCAAGGACUUUGGCAACAAGGCCUUCAAGGCCGGCGACUUGCAUCUCGGCCUCGAAAAGUACGAAAAGGGCCUGCGGUACCUCAAUGAGGACCCGGACCUCGACGACGCGCCCGCCACCACGAAGCCGGCUCUCGAUGCCCUCCGCUUCUCGCUCAACAAUAACAGCGCAUUGCUGAACAUGAAGCUCCGGAGCUGGGCCGAGUGCGUGCGCAGCGCGUCGGCUGCCCUCGCCGUGGCGGGGGAUGCUAAGGACGCGGAUCGCGCCAAGGCCCUUUUCCGCCGCGGCGUUGCCCACGUCAACCUCAAGGACGAGGAGGCAGCUGUCCGGGACCUAGAGGAGGCGCACACGCUGGCCCCUGGUGAUGGUUUGAUUACCAAGGCGUUGGCGCGCGCGGCCAAGGAAAAGGCGGCGUAUAAGAAGUUUUUCCAAUAG